GGAAGCCGCGUUGGUGUUUACUGAUGACGUUUAGGCUAUAGCUGUUGAGAGAUGUGGCUAACGUCAGAUAACGGGAUAAACAUGUUUUAUUAAACGCUAAAUUCAACAAAUAAUACAGGAUACAAGCGGGAGUCACGACAGGGCAAAGAUGCUGGAGUCUUAUGUGACACCGCUCCUGAUGAGCUAUGUGAACAAGUACAUAAAGAAUCUGAAGCCUUCUGACCUGCAGCUCUCUCUUUGGGGAGGGGAUGUGGUGCUCAGCAAAUUGGACCUGAAGCUGGAUGUACUGGAACAGGAGUUGAAGCUGCCCUUCACAUUCAUGAGUGGUCAUAUCCAUGAGCUACGUAUCCAUGUGCCCUGGACCAAGCUGGGCUCAGAGCCUGUGGUCAUCACCAUCAACACCAUGGAGUGCAUCCUCAAGCUAAGGGAUGGAGCCCAGGAUGACCACGACAGCGGCUCUAGCUCCACCAGUCGCAGUGUCUCAGACAGCUCCAAGGCUGUGGCCAAGCCGCGUCGCAUUCAGCAGGCUGCACCAAGCGACCCGGACCUGCCCCCAGGUUACGUGCAAAGUCUGAUCAGACGUGUAGUGAACAAUGUGAACAUUGUGGUGAACAACUUGAUCCUGAAGUACGUGGAAGAUGACAUCGUCCUGUCGGUCAACAUUACCUCUGCAGAGUGUUACACUGUGGAUGAUAUGUGGGAGAGGGCCUUCAUGGACAUCACUGCUCCAGAGCUGGUCCUAAGAAAAGUGAUCAACUUUGCUGACUGUACUGUGUGCUUGGACAAGCGGAAUGCUAGUGGCAAGAUCGAAUUUUACCAGGAUCCACUGUUGUACAAAUGCUCCUUCAGAACGCGUCUCCAUUUUACCUACGACAACAUCAACUCCAAGAUCCCAUCUGUCAUCAAAAUCCAGACCAUGGUUGAGAGCCUGAAGCUGUCUAUUACUGAUCAGCAAUUACCCAUGUUUAUUCGAAUUUUAGAGCUGAUUAUUGCACUCUACUAUGGAGAAAUUGGAGGACACAAAGAGGGUGAAGGUGAAGAAGGCAUUGGUCAUGUCAGGGAAGCUGGAACAAGUUUACCUGGGGUGGAUGUCGAUAUGGAAAGGCAGGGGUCAAGCCAGUAUUCCAGCCAGGACCUCUACAUGCAGUCUGGGAGUCUGGAAGAUACAGAUCAGGGUUGGGUGUCCUGGGCAUGGUCCUUCGUCCCAACCAUCGUAGGCACAGAGGAAGAAGAGGAGGAAGGCCUCUACCAGCAGCGAGAGACAGGAGGCAUCCCCAACAGCCCCCAACACCACACACCCAAAGACCCCAUUGUUUCCAUAGGCUUCUACUGCACCAAAGCUUCUGUUACUUUCAAGCUGACAGAGACCCAGUCAGAAAGCAGCUACUACAGCCCUCAGAAGGUCAAGUCAAGAGAAUUCUUGUGCCUGGAGCAAGAAGGAAUCACUGUUGAGGUGCUCAUGAUGGGGGAGCCCUUCUUUGAUUGUCAAAUUGGCUUCGUGGGCUGCAGGGCACUGUGCCUGAAAGGCAUCAUGGGAGUACGGGAUUUUGAGGAAAACAUGAACCGAUGUGAAGAGGAUGCAGUGUUCUUCAGCUGUGGGGACAGCCUGAGUAGUAAAGGAAUGACUUACCUUACCAACUCUCUCUUCGACUACCGAAGUCCAGAGAACAAUGGAGUCAGGGCUGAGUUCAUCCUGGAUGCUGCUAAUCACAAGGAGACCUACACGGAGAUAGCGGGCAUGCAGCGCUUUGGUGCUUUCUACAUGGAUUAUCUCUACACAAUGGAGAACAGCAGCAGCAAAGGCUCUCAGGAUUUCUCUGUAGUAAGCAUGGAGGAGGUAGUGCCUGUGGUUCAAGAGACGUCUAUUAAAAGGCUGGUGGUGGGACCUCUAGACAUCAGGCUACACAGCAGCGCUAUCCACCGCAUCCUCAAGAUGGUUACCUGUGCCAUGGACCAUGAGUAUGAACCCUACUGCAAACCACAGAGAGAAGUGAUUGAGGAGAGCAAUGGUCCUGCUACUGCAGAAGAGAUAUCACGCUUGGAAGAAUUCAUCCCAACCAGACUCACUUGUCUCACUCUGCUCCAAGUCUCAGUCACUGUCUCCAUGGCAGAGUUCAACCUCCUUCACACACUAAUGCCUGUCAUCAUGGGACGUAAGGCUGCACCUGGACCAGUCUCUGUGCCAGUGUUUCAGCCGGUGCAUCCGCUACCGUCUGUGCAGUUCCAGGUGGAGAGGGUGAAUGUUGAGCAUUCAGUACCCAUGUAUGCUCCAGAGCUGGUCACUACUGUCAGCAGCCUCAACCAGCCCUCUGACAACUUGCUACAUCACUGCUAUGCACACCUCUACCUUAAGGUGUUUGGGUUCCAGGCAGGCUUGACAUGCCGGGAUAACUCAGGCAGUUUUCUGCCUCUCAUCCCCAUCAUUCCUUCUUUCAGCACUGCACUCUACGGAAAGCUUAUUCAGAUGUCUUCAGUCUGGAGCAAAAGGUCUUCAGUCCCUACCACAGAGUGUAUUUUUGAACUUCCCCACUUCACUGUACAAGCCACAAGGGCCCAGACGCUUCUGCUCCAAGCAAUCUGUCAGAGCUGGACCCACAGCAUGGUCAGCGGAGCCCCACUGACACUAAGUGAAAGUCUGUUCAAUGACGUCUACAAAACUCCAGGUGUGAAAUAUCCAGGCCCGUCACCGACUCUCGAAGGCUCGGUCCAAAACCUGGAGCUGAAGUUCUGCAGCCGUGCGACGGUGAAAUGCGCCUCAGGAACCGUGGGAGCUAUAAAAGUGUGCGCCAGGACCCCAGGUUCAGGAGAGGGAACGAAAGAGAAGCUGGUUCCUCUGAUUCAGGGCCCAUCUGACACCAGAGAACUUCAUAUGAGUCGCUGGCUUAAUGAGAUUCGCAAGCCUGAAUCUUUGCUGGCCCCUGACCUGCUGGCAUUUUCUGUUCAGAUCCCUCAGCAAGGAGAUGACUGCAGGAACUCAGGUGCAGUCCUGUUGGUCAGUGUCCAAGGCAUAGCUGUCAAUGUGGACCCAAUCUUUUGUACAUGGCUCUUAUAUCAACCUCAUAAAGGAAGCAGCAGACAGCAGCAACAGAAUCCAGGUCCAGUUCCUCAGGCCAAGAGGAGAGAGGACGAGGCGUCGGUAGGAAGCACGCCACUGGCCAAACAGCCCUCCAAUCAAGCCUCAGACUAUGCCAGCAGCCCAGUGAAAACCAAAACAGUGACAGAAUCGCAUCCCUUGUCCAUCCCAGUGAGGGUGAUACCUGACACCACAGCUGUGGAGUCGUGGACAACGUCAGAGGAGCGAAUGAAGGAACUCAUCACCCAUGCUUGGGAUGCUGUUAAACGACUUACUCUACAGUUGGAGCUGCAGUCAUGCUGUGUGUUCCUGCCUAAUGACAGCCUCCCCUCUCCCAGCACCAUCAUCUGCGGUGACAUUCCCGGCACUGUCCGCAGCUGGUACCACAACCAGGCCUCCAUGCCUGGGACUCUGGUAAUAUGCCUGCCCCACAUUAAUGUCCUCAGUGCUGGGCACAAGUAUAUGGAACCGCUGCAGGAGCUCCCCUUUGUGGUCUCAAAGCCCAUCUUGGAGGAAGGUGAUGCCUUCCCAUGGACAAUAAGCCUGAGUCAGUUCAGCAUAUACACAUUGCUGGGACAGCAGCAGAGCCUGAGCCUGUUGGAGCCUAUGGGCUGCACCUCCACACUGGCUGUCACAUCCCAUAAGCAGCAGAGCUGUUCUGAAGGAAGGCACUCAUUUGUAGUCUGCCUCCACGUUGAUCUGCAGCCUGUUCACGUCAAGUGCUCCAACCCUCAGGUUCAACUGUUGUAUGAGCUCCUCCUCAGCUGGAGCUCUACGUGGGCUCGUCUCCAGAGACAUGGCAUUUUACGUCAGACCUCCAACAUCCCAGACCCCCCUGCUGGUGCAGCUCCAUCUUCCCCAGUGCGCAGCAGUGCUGGCACCGCCCUGCCUGACACCAGCACCUGCAGCCCCUCUGCAGAUUUUGGCUCACCCACUGAGGGUGACUCUGUGCCUCCUGGAGAUGAUGGUCCUUUUGCUGACACAGUGACUCUGGAGCAGAAAACUAGCAGCAUUGGUGGAAACAGCGGGAAGGUCAGCCUUUGGAUGCAGUGGAUGUUACCCAAGGUCACAGUCAAACUGUUUGCUCCUGAUCAAACCACCAAAAAGACAGAGAUCUGUGUCAUCAGUGAACUAGAAGACCUGAGUGCCUCUGUAGAUGUCCAGGAUGUUUAUACAAAGAUCAAAUGUAAAGUUGGCAGCUUCAACAUCGACCACUACCGAUGCAGUAUGGAGGAAGGUGUUCGGAGCUCGGGCAGCUGUGGAGGAGUGGUCCUGUCUUGCACUGACAAGCUGAACAGACGCACAGUGUUGGUUCGACCCGUCAGCAAGCAAGACUCUUUCAGCCACUUUUCUGGCUUUUUCCCUCCUACUGCAGCCAAAGUCCUGGAGGGCUCUCACCAACAGCAUGGCUUCCUGUCAAUCACCUACACUCAGGCUGUCACUAAAAAUGUCCGUCACAAGCUCACCACCAGGCCUGAGCGGCCAACACGCAGCAGUGCUACCACUGCCAGUCAGCGGGUGACCACUGAUCCUCUGGCAGACAGUUCACCUCAGUACCUGCGAGAAAUCCUGCUGACAGCGCAGCCCUUUGAUGUGGUCCUGUCCUGUCCCUUACUGGCCACCGUAGCAGGGGUGUUCCAGGUGACGGUACCGAGACGCUACAGGGAACGUGGGAAGUCAGCAGGGCAACCAAUGAGAAGCCACACAUUGACCUCACGUUGUUUGCCUCUCAUCUACAUCAACACUAGUGUGAUCAGGGUUUUCUGCCCUGGAACACAAGACAAACAUACAGUAGAUCCCCAAGUAAAGAAAGAAGACACUGUGGUUUUAAAGCUGGGUUCCCUCGGCAUGGCUCCUCAGGCUGACAACCCACUCACCCGAACUGUGCUGCGAAAAGACAUCUACCAACGUGCAUUGAACCUUGGAAUCCUGCGUGACCCUGGUUCAGAGGUGGAAGACCGACAGUAUCAGAUCGACCUCCAGUCCAUCAACAUUGGAACUGCUCAGUGGGAGCAACUCAAGCCAGAAAAGGAGGGAAUCAAAGGAGGUGUAUCAGCAGAGAGUGAGAGGAGCUCCCAGAAUCCAGCCCUGGAGUGGAAUAUGGCCAGCAGUAUCAGGAGGCACCAGGAGCGACGGGCCAUCCUGACACCAAUCUUGACUGACUUCUCUGUCCGGGUCACUGCUGCCCCAGCUAUUAUCUUCAGCAAGAAUAUUUCCCCUGACAGCGGACAGUCAGAGGAGGUGGUGGUGUGUGGCCACUCUCUGGAGGUGAAUGUGACCAGCAGCCUGGAUUUCUACCUCAGUAUUGCCCAGGUGCAGCUCCUUCAGCAGCUUCUCAGAGACAACAUGGUGGGCAUGGACGCCCCAGAGAAAAGCCCUGAGGUGCAUCGACAUGAGAAGAAGCGGCGCAGUCGAGACCCUGCAGCAGGCGCCGACUCUUCAUCUCGUCACAGUGGGACUGGGCAGGACAGCGGCUUCGGCAGUGACAGUGCUUGCAUCCGGAUUGUCCAGAUUGAGCAGCAGAGUGGGGCCAGCCACCACUGCAUUGCUAGGCCCUCCCACAAGUCCACCAUUACCAAGAACCUCAGCUUCAUCCCUUUUGACAUCUUUCUCACCGCUAGCAGGCUCUCUGUCAUGACCUAUGCUUGCUCCAGUCCCCCAAAGACACUUCCCUCAUUAUCGGAUACUCCCAGUACACCAGAGAAGAAGGAACCUGGGGAUAAGGUGGGAAAGAGUGCCCUGAACCAACCUGAGAUCCUGUCUGAGUCUCCUCCAGCCUCAGCUUCUCCAACUCCAGAUCCAGCACCAACUGCCCAGGGAUCACUAGCUGGCCUAACCGCCGAGGACAUCCUUAACAGCAACACCUCCCAGCCAGCCUCCCCAUUACUGAGAGGAAGCCUGCUCUCCCUGGAUGGCCUGCCCACUCCCACCCGCUCCUCAGCCCGCCAAGCACUUGGUGUAACCAUAGUGAGGCAGCCUGGAAGAAGAGGGGCUGGAGACCAGGUGUUGGAGCCCCUGUUGUAUGUCCAAGUGAUGCAGCCCUCUGCUUUGCUCAGUUGCCACCAUCGCAAGCAGAGGAUGGAUCUGUCCAUAUUUGAUGUGUCCUUAAGAGGUGUAGCCUCUGACUACAAGUGCCUAGACCCAGGAAAGACUUUGCCAGAAUCUCUAGACUACAAUGUGUUUUGGCUACAGACAGUAGCAGGAGAGGUGGACAGUAAAACUGGCAUCCCUCCCCCUCUGCUUUGCCUCCAGAUCAAAGAUUUCCUCAAUGGACCAGCUGAGGUGAAUAUCGAACUAUCACGACCCCUAAAAAUCAAUCCCACUUUGGCAAAGCUCGAGCAGGCCAAAGCCUAUCUGAAGAAGGUCCUACCAAACCAAACAUGGGACCCCUCCAGUAAACCACCGUCUGCUUCCUCAACCCCUCAUUCUUCCCCUGCAAAAACACUGCACAGGGGCUUUUCUCCUCGUUCAGACCCACAUCAUCAGGCGUCCGCCCUAGAUAAAACAAACAGUGUCCGGGCCAUGGCACUGUCCUUCCACAAGGUCUCUCUGCACACUGCCCAGAUUGUAGUAGUGAUGGAGACCGAAGCCCAUCCAAUGAAGCCCAGCAUGACAGUGUCGGUGUCGGCCAUGACAGGAAGUCUGAACAUGAAGUCAGGGCCUAGGAUAGAGGAUACAGUUCAGGCUGCCGCUGUGUUGCUGGAGUUGAAAGAUGUGUUGGUGAGAACAGGACUGAAGGAUCGGAGCCGUGUCCUUCUGGGGCCGUUCACCUGCAGCAGCUCACUGGAGGCUCGGUGGUGUCGGCACAGCGGCGGUCCUGGACCUGAGCCUGGCUCCCCUAAACUGCUGCUGGACCUUAAGGGAGGCCUGCUGCAGGUCUUUUGGGGCCAGGAACAACUGAACUGUCUGAAACUGGUGGAGGAUCACCUCCGCACCUACCUCCAUCUCCAGAAAGGGGAUUUGACUGAUAGCUGUUCAAAGAGUAAGGCCUACCACACCCAGCCACCUCCCUCCCCAGGCUCUCCCUCUCCUCGGACAGAGCACAGCUCAGAUGACUUACGCACAGGACAUUUUCAGUACAUCCAGGACUCAGCUUCACAUAGACUGCCAGGACCCCAUGAGGUGGUGUUUUAUAGCGAGACGGAGGACAGUCCAGGGGUGAUGCUUUGGAGAUACCCAGAACCCCGUGUCCUCACCUUUGUCAGGAUAACACCUGUCCCUUUCAACACCACAGAAGACCCUGAGAUCAGCACUGCUGACCUCGGAGAUGUCCUGCAGGUACCAUGCAGUCUAGAAUACUGGGAUGAGCUCCAGCAGGCCUUUGUUCCCUACCGGGAGUUCAGCCUUUCAGAAAGCCGCUCCUGCCAGCUACAGCUGCCCAGCCUCAGCCUCACCAACCAGCAGAAGGAGCUGGUGGCCUCAGACCUGUGGAGGAUCGUACUCAAUAAUAACGGAGAGGGAGGAGAUGAACAGAGUUCAGACAGUGAGUGUGGGUCCCAGCUACCCUGCGAUCAGUUGGUAUCUCCAAUGGCAUUGGCAGCCUGUACCCGUGUGGACUCCUGCUUUGCACCGUGGUUUGUCCCCUCCCUGGGGGUGUCCCUACAACUAGCACAGCUGGAAGUUCACCUCUCCCACCACCUAGAACAGCUGGGUACAGUUCCAUCUCGGCAACUCCAUCCCUUCCUGCCAGACAGAAAGUUACCUCAGGAACAAGAGUUCAUGGUGAUAGGUGCCCUUGAGCCACGGGUCUUCUUACGGCAGUGGAGCAAUGGACCACGUCGCUGUCAGGAGUUCAGCUUUUCCACGCAGAUAGACUGCAAGCUGCUGGAGUACCGAAACCUAACACACCUUCAGCUUCUUCAGCCUUGUGUGCUACAGGGCCAGGCUGCAGCCACCUGCUGCCCACAGAACACCUCUUUGGAUGUGAAUGUGUUUGUGGACCCAGUGUUCCUGAACAUCAGCCAGUACGCCAUCCACACUAUAGACGCUGCUCUGCAAAGCUGGCAACAGAAUGGGAAUCCAGAGGCGGAGGAACUGUUGUACAGCCACUAUGUGAUCUGUAAUGACACACAUGAGACACUGCGCUUUGGCCAGGUGGACACGGAUGAAAACGUGCUGCUGGCAAGCCUGCACAGCCACCAGUACAGCUGGAGGUCCCACAAGUCCCCUCAGCUGCUGCACAUCUGCAUCGAGGGAUGGGGGAACUGGCGCUGGUCGGAGGCCUUCAGUGUGGACAAUGUGGGAACUCUGCUGAGGACCAUUCAGUACAAAGGCCGCACCGCCUCACUUAUCAUCAAGGUUGUGCAGCUCAGUGGGGUCCAGAAGCAGGUAAUCAUCUGUGGACGGCAGGUGAUGUGCAGCUACCUGACACAGGACAUUGAGCUGCGAGUGGUGCAGCACUACGUGGGUCCUGACAGUCAGACGGUGGUCAGAGAACACUGUGACUGCCUGGAGGCAGGAGCCAAGCUGCCUUCCUAUGUGCUGGAGGAUGCAGAGAUGACAGAGCUGUGUGUGAGAGCUCGAGGAGAUGAAGACUGGUCCCAGGAUGUUCAGCUGGAGAGGAGGGACAAGGGCAGCAGCAGCUCUGUUGUACAGGUGCCCUGUUCCAGUGGCUCCUUGCUUUAUGUGUGGUGUACUCUCAUUACUAUUGAACCUGACUCUCACAUGCAACAAAGAGUGGUGGUUUUCAGUCCACUGUUUGUGAUGAGGAGCCACCUGCCAGAUCCACUAAUCGUCCACAUAGAGAAGAGAAGUCUCAGACUGAGAGAAAGCCAGCUAAUACGUGGACAAGGCCACCAAGAGCCCCUACUAAACACUGAAGCUGACCUCACCCACCACCUCACUUUUCAGGCCAGGGAGGAUGAAGAUGCUUCACACUGUGCUGUACCCAUCUCCACCAGCCUAAUCAAGCAGAUAGUGAAUAAGACUGGAAGUGAAGACAACCCAGAACACAUCCUGGCAGAUUUCUACAGUCCAAAGACCACCACUGAGCUACCAUGGCCUUACGCAGCUAAAGACACUGACAGGUCAGUGCUAGAGCCCCUUGCCCAGUGGGACAGUCCUAUGCAAGUGAAAUUAUCGUGCUGGAAGCCUGGUCUGAACACACUGCUGGUGGAGCUGCUCCCAUGGGCCCUGCUGGCCAACGACUCCCAGUGGGACCUCUGGCUUUUUGAAGGAGAGACCAUAGUACUGCAGAUACCAGCCGGCAAGGUCAUAGUUCCACCCAACUUCAAGGAAGCCUUCCAGAUUGGUAUCUACUGGGCCCACACCAACACCGUCCACAAGUCUACAGCACUGAAAUUAGUCCAUGACCUGACUUCUCCUCGAUGGAAGGAGGGAUCGAGCUCAGAGGUGGUCACUCUGGAUGAGGAGGGCUAUGUAGAAGCAGACAUCACUCUGGGAGCCUUCCCUGGAAAACAGAAGCUGUGUCAGUUCUGUGUGUCAUCUGUGGUGAGACACGGCAUUCAGAUCCUACAAAUAGAAGACAGAACCAUUUUCGUGAACAACACUCCUUACACCGUACACUACAGGCCUCUGCUGACUGACCACGCACUGGGAACUGAUGACCAGGCCUGUGAGAUACCAGAGACCACAGUGUUCACCCUGCCUCCUUCUGAGGAGUCAUCUGUGGCCAAGCCGUGCUCAGUGCCAUGCUGGGACGUCCUUCAAAAUAGUGUCCAGGGAAAGGUGGAGUUCCCUUUACCACUCAGACAUAUGCUCUUCAGCUUGUUUCCAAGGCCUGAUGCUGGAGUUGGAUCUGCAGCAUGGAGCCUCCCUGCUCCUAUCCGAGCAGACUUCCCAAGGCAGAGUUUGUCUGUUCCCGGGGAACCGGACUCAGGGGGUGGCCUGAGCAGCAGAGCCAUAGUACUGACAUAUCAAGAGCACCUUGGGGUGACAUAUAUCACCCUGAACGAGGACCCCUGUCCCCGUAUGCUUAUCCACAACAAGUGUCCUAUCCCACUGCUGUUGAAGGAAAAUGUAAAAGAAACUCCAAGGAUUGAGGUGUACUGUCGUCCUCUGCCUGCUAACAGCUCCCUGCACCAUGAGCUCCAUCACCACUUCUCCAGUUUCCCAGAGUGCAAACAGAAAGAGAUGAUACCCACACUGCUGCUGAAAACCACCUCAGACCACAGCACCACCGACUGGACGGAUCCCAUAGACAUCAACUGCCCCGGCACUCAGGUGGUGUUUGUGCCAGGCUUUGGCUGUCUUUACAUAGACGUAUUGUAUGAGAGAGGCACCCUGGUUCUGUCUCUUGCACCAGAGGGCAGCGUGGACGCUGUAAUCAACCAACACAGCGGGACUUCCAAGCUGUCUGUUAGAGUCCUCCUGAGUGAGGCCAGCAUGGCGUUAAGUGAUGACAUCACCAGUCCCUCUGGUUCUGUUGAGCUGCUGAGACUCACGUUAACCAAGCUGCUCCUCAGCCUGGCUCCUGCUCCCACCUUCCUUCCCCCGGAGCUGCCAGUUGACCCUGAAAUGGGAACAGCAUCCAUGUCAGCUCUGAUGUCUGACGCCUCUUUGAUCGAGGUUUACUGCUCCAGCCUGCAAGUGGACAAUCAGUUGUAUAACCGGGCAAGUUUCCACUUCCCUGUGCUGCUGUGCCAAGAUCAGAGAGGGGGAGCUGAACCCGGGGGUCUGUGGACCAGCGAUGCCAACCCCAGCGAGUCCCUUGAAGCACUAGAAGAGUUCAAACGCUCCUGUUUUCUGCAGCUGAGGAUGACGCUAGCCGGGGACAAAUGCACUGUGGAAGAGGUCACAUUCCAGCUCCAGCCUGCCAGAGUCUACCUUGAAGACACUUUUGUUUACUACAUUAAGACCCUGUUCCACACCUACAUCCCCAACAGUGCUUUUACCUCAGCAGAGUCCCAAAGAAGCAAAGAGCCUGGAUCAGCCUCCACUCUCCCUGAACAGGUUCUUCAGUCGGUGCAGGCGUUGGUUCACCCUGUGAGGCUGCAAAGGCUGACCAUCCAGCCAGUCAACCUGCUGGUCAGCAUCCACGCCUCCCUGAAGCUCUACAUUGCUUCAGACCACACUCCUCUCUCCUUCUCCCUGUUUGAGAGAGGGCCCCUCUGCACCACAGCCAGACAGCUGGUUCAUGCUCUGGCUAUGCAUUAUGCAGCAGGAGCCCUCUUCAGAGCUGGCUGGGUGGUGGGAUCUCUGGAGAUCCUCGGCAGUCCUGCUAGCCUGGUGCGGAGCAUCGGUAAUGGCGUGUCUGACUUCUUUCGCCUGCCGUAUGAGGGUCUGACCCGUGGACCCGGAGCCUUCGUCAGCGGAGUGUCCAGAGGCACCACCUCCUUUGUCAAACACAUUUCAAAAGGGACCCUGACGUCCAUCACCAACUUAGCCACCAGCCUGGCGAGGAACAUGGACCGUCUGUCUCUGGAUGAAGAACACUACACCAGGCAGGAGGAGUGGAGGCGACAGCUACCAGAGAGCCUCGGGGACGGACUGAGACAGGGACUGUCCCGACUCGGCAUCAGCCUGUUAGGAGCUAUAGCAGGCAUCGUGGACCAGCCCAUGCAGAACUUCCAAAGGAACUGGGAGCUGCAGAGCUCAGCUGGCAGCAAGGCCAAAGGGGUGAUCUCUGGAGUGGGGAAAGGCAUUGUGGGAGUUUUCACCAAGCCUAUUGGAGGAGCAGCCGAACUGGUGUCCCAGACUGGAUAUGGGAUCCUCCAUGGAGCAGGACUGUGGCAGCUUCCUAAACAGCUCUAUCUGCCUACAGAAGAAAAGUCAGCUCUGGCCCCAAACAGCCACCUUAAAUAUGUCUGGAAAAUGCUGCAGUCUCUGGGCCGCCCGGAGCUGCACAUGGCCCUGGAGGUGACCAUUGUGAGUGGGUCCGGUCAGGAGCAUGCUGGCUGUCUGCUGCUCACCUCUGAGGUGCUGUUUGUGGUCAGCCUUAGUGAGGACACCCAGCAGCAGGCCUUUCCCAUCACAGAGGUGGAGUGUCAGCAGGAGCCAGGACAGCAGGGCCAGCUCACUCUCAUGUUACAGCAGCAGACAGUAGCCAGCGACACUGAGGGUGACGGCGUUCGUGAGCGUCUGUCAGAGCAGCAGUAUCGGCGGCUGGUGGAUUACGUGACGAGAGCCUCCCAGUUUCUUUCCCCCUCCGCUGCUUCUCUCCAGCUGCAGCCCUCAGUGACGCUGGCAGAGCCACCACCUUCUGUCACCAAGUGUUACCGCUACCUGGUGGAUCCUGCCUUUGCCAAGGUGUUUGUCAGCAAGUUCACCACAGUAAAGAAUAAAGCCUUACGCAUCGGAUUCCACUGAUACACAAUAACACAUCCGUGGCUUUCUGAGAAUGAACGCUAAAAGAUCAGAGCUUUUGUUCCCAUUUAAAAUAAGCCUUAAAUAAAUAUUAUCCUCUGAAAAGAUAACUUCCCAUUCAUGCAAAACAUACCUUUUAAAAGAAAUAUGAAUUUUUAUUUAAAUUGUUGCCUACUGUGGGGAUAUAGAGAAUUCUUAGAAAUUGUUUUGGAAACAUUUUUUGUAAACAAUAGCAAUUCUCAGCACACAAAGAACAUCAGUGGGAUAAAAAUGAAUUUUAUUCAUAGAAACACAGGAUUCUGAUGUUUGGACAUUUCAGUGAGCAUAUACUGUAGUGAACACUAAAACAAGAGUUUAGUUAGUGUUACAGAUCGACAUGUACAGCCAGCAGGAGUCACUUCUGUCUAAACAGUCUGUAGUGGUUCACUCUGCAGAACAAGCUCUAGGUGUUUACAUUCUGCAUAUAAUGACUCCAUGUCUCAUGCCAAUGUUAAGUGCAAUUUUAUAUACAUGUUGAUGGACGCUAGAGAUACCAGCUGUCAACCAAAAUGUUUUUCUACAUGAUGUAACAUACCUGUUGGACAAUAACACUGUUCUUUGUAACCUAAUGUCAAUGCCAACUCAUGAUGCAAACAUUUCAUUGUUGCCUUUUAUAUUAUUGUGGCACUGAGCUCUAUGUACGAUUAAAGUAUAAUGCCUUUGAUGUAUAAAUGGAUAAUAUAUUAAUAGAGAAACCCCUUUAUAAAAAUAAACUUUAAAAAACUA